AUGGAGCGAGUUCAAAUCGAAUUCAGUGGAAUCCAAAAAGUGACUGGAGAUCCUCUCCCUUUUGCAAGAAGCUAUCAGUUGGAAGCUUUGGAGAAAGCAAUUAAGCAGAACACAAUUGUGUUCUUGGAGACCGGUUCCGGGAAGACUCUGAUUGCUAUUAUGCUUCUGCGUAGCUAUGCGUACCUUCUCCGCAAGCCAUUGCCAUAUAUUGCAGUUUUCUUGGUCCCGACUGUUGUUUUGGUCACUCAACAAGCUGAAGCUGUGAAAAUGAACACUGAUUUGAAAGUGGGCAAGUACUGGGGAGAAAUGGGAGUUGACUACUGGGAUGCUGCUACAUGGAAGCAGCAACGGGAUGAGUAUGAGGUGUUGGUAAUGACGCCUGCUAUCUUACUUGAUGCUUUGAGGCAUAGCUUUUUGAAACUUGACAUGAUAAAGGUCCUGAUAUUCGAUGAAUGCCAUAAUGCGAGAGGUAGACACCCAUAUGCCUGCAUUAUGAUGGAAUUCUAUCACCGUCAGUUAGCUUCAAAUCAUUCUCAGCUUCCUAGAAUAUUCGGGAUGACUGCUUCCCCCAUAAAAGCAAAAGGUUCAAGCUCAGGAUCGAACUACUGGAAACAGAUUAGUGAACUUGAGAAUCUUAUGAAUUCUAAGGUGUACACAUGUGUCAAUGGCUUGGUGUUGGCCGAGUAUAUUUCAUAUUCGACUCCUAAGCUGAAGAUUUAUAAACACAUUGAUAUUCCUGCUCCGUUAUUUGAAUGCUGGGAAAAUGGAUUGGAGAGUUUGAGAAGAAAGCAUGAAACCUAUCUCAGAAAAUCAAAUAUUUCAGAGUCUACAGCAGAAUUAACAAAGAAAAGAUUAUUGAGGCUUUCAUCAACCUUCAUGUUUUGUUUGAGUGAGCUGGGUGUUUGGUUGGCUUUAAAGGCUGCAGAGUCCUUGUUGUGUGAAGAAAUUGACAUCUUUCAAUGGGGGAAAUUGGAUGUAUGUGGUGAGAAGAUUGUAAGAGAUUUCUGUUGUGAUGUGCUUGGUGCUUUCUCCACUUACAUACCAUCAGGUCCACAUUGGUCCAUUGGUAAUGACAGAAAUUCUGACUUGGUUGCUGGGUAUCUAACUUCAAAAGUCAUCUGUCUCGUAGAAUCUCUUCUUGGAUACAGGGAUUUCAAAGAUUUGAGAUGCAUAAUUUUUGUUGAAAGGGUGAUAACAGCGGUCGUUCUUCAAAAAUUUUUGAGUGAGUUGCUCCCAAAAUUAAGUGGUUGGAAGACAGAAUACAUGGCAGGGAAUCACUCUGGGCUGCAGACACAGAGUAGGAAAGAACAAAACAAAAUUGUUGAAGAAUUCCGCAAGGGCAGGGUGAACAUCAUUGUUGCAACCUCAAUUCUCGAGGAGGGUUUAGAUGUUCAGAGUUGCAUCCUUGUUGUCAGAUUUGAUCCCUCGGCGACUGUUUGUAGUUUUAUUCAGUCUAGAGGUCGUGCUAGAAUGCAGAACUCAGAUUUUUUAUUAAUGGUGAAAAGUGGGGACACUUCAACACUUACUCGAGUGAAAAACUAUCUGGCUAGUGGAGACAUAAUGAGGAAGGAGUCUUUACAACAUGCUUCCCUUCCUUGUGCACCUCCUGAUAGCGAAAUGUACAACGAGGCUUUUUAUAUGGUUGAAACCACAGGAGCGAUUGUGACUCUAAGUUCUAGUGUGGCUUUGAUUUACUUCUAUUGCUCACGGCUACCUUCUGACGGGUAUUUUAAACCCUCCCCUAUGUGUAAGAUUAACAACGAGUUGGAAAUCUGCACCUUACAAUUUCCUAAAAGCUGUCCAAUCACCACUGUUGAAGUUCGUGGCAAUGUCAAAACACUGAAGCAACUUGCAUGCUUAGAAGCGUGCAAGCAGCUUCAUCAGAUUGGUGCCUUAACAGACAAUCUUGUGCCCGAUAUUAUGGAAGAAGCUGAUACACAAGAACUGGGUUAUGAACCUAAUGUCGAUGAACAAAUGAACUACUUCCCUCCAGAAUUGGUUAGCCAAUUUGAGGAUGAUUCUGUGAAGUCGUAUCAUUCCUACUUAAUUGAGCUACGGAGGGACGUCGAGUAUAAUAUUCCACUUCAGGAUAUUGUCCUUGCUGUGAGGACUAAGCUUAAUUUUGAAGAUGACAGCUUGGCUUUUGAUUUAAAAGUUGAUAGGGGCAAGUUAACUGUGAACAUAAAAUAUGUUGGAGUUGUUAGUCUUACUUCUGAACAGGUUCUUCUGUGUCAAAAGUUUCAAAUCACGCUUUUCAGAGUUAUUCUUGAUCAUAAUUUGAACAAGCUGAAGGAGGUCUUAGAUGCAUGCCAUCACAGGAAUGAUGCUGCUGUGUUUGACUAUCUCCUGGUUCCAUGUACCAGCUCGCCUCGAACUUCAUCUAUAAUUGAUUGGAAAUGUGUUAGUUCUGUGAUGUUUUCAAGUGAUAAUCUCUGGGACCAUCAUAGUUAUUGUUCUUCCAAGGGUUAUGGUGGUUGGGUGCACACAAAGAAUGGUGUGGUAUGCCGCUGCAUGUUGAAGAAUUCUUUAGUGUGCACACCUCAUAAUGGUCAUGUGUAUUGCAUUGCUGGCACUCUCCCAAAUUUGGAUGGGAAUUCACUACUGCAUCUGAGGGAUGGAGAAGUUGUUUCUUACAAGAGAUACUAUGAAAAACGGCAUGGAAUUAUAUUGCAUUUUGAAAGUGAGCUAUUUCUUAAGGGGACCCAUAUUUUCACAGUGCAAAAUUAUGUUCAAAGAUGUAGACAACAGAAGGAGAAAGAGCGAAGUAAUGCAUCAGUCGAAUUGCCUCCAGAACUUUGUUUCAUAAUCAUGUCUCCCAUAUCCAUCUCUACGUCUUAUUCAUUCUCAUUUGUUCCAUCUAUCAUGCAUCGGAUCGAGUCUUUACUUAUUGCGGUCAACUUGAAAAAGAUGCACGCGAAUCACUGCACGCAAAAUGUUGUUAUUCCAACUGUCAAGGUUUUGGAAGCAAUUACCACCAAGAAAUGCCAAGAACAAUUUCAUUUGGAGUCGCUGGAGACCCUUGGGGACUCCUUUCUAAAAUAUGCCGCUAGUCAACAGCUAUUCAAGACCUACCAAAAUCAUCAUGAGGGCCUUCUUAGUGCCAAAAAAGAAAGAAUUAUUUCCAAUGCUGCGCUAUGUAAGCUAGGAUGUGAUCGUAAACUUCCGGGCUUUAUUCGCAAUGAACCUUUUGAUCCUAAAACAUGGAUCAUUCCUGGUGAUAAUUCAGGGGAUUAUGCAUUGGAUGAAGAGCUGCUUUCUAGUGCUACAAAACUCUAUAAAAGAGGGAAAAGAAAGAUGAAAAGUAAGACAAUAGCUGAUGUUGUUGAGGCACUAAUUGGUGCAUUCCUAAGCGCUGGAGGUGAAAUAGGAGCUCUAUCAUUCAUGGAUUGGCUUGGUAUAAAGGUUGAUUUUGUCAACAUACCAAAUGACAGGCACUUCCCAGUGAAACCAGAGAUGCUUGUUAACAUCAGAUAUUUGGAAUCCUUAUUGAAGUACUCCUUCCGUGAUGCUUCUUUGCUAGUGGAAGCUCUAACUCAUGGUUCUUACAUGUUGCCUGAGAUUCCAAGAUGUUAUCAG